CCGCUCCUUCCUCUCGUCCGAUGCCGUGCCUUUGACCGCCUUCGUGCCGAUUAAACCCUCGAUCGAUCGGAUUCGAGAACAAAAGGAAGGAGAAGAGGAGAAAAGGGUUAGCUGCGUCAUCGGGGGGCGGCGAAGGAGGAGUUGGCGGCGACAUGGGGCAAUGCCACGGUACGAGAAGCUCCAUCAAGGACGACGACGGGAAACGCCGACGCCGGAGGACCAAGACAAUUCCGAGCAACGCGGAAGAAUCUGGUGCCACGCCUCCCCAUGCAGGAGGAGGCAGUGCCCCCACCACCCCUGUCCACCCGUCCUCCACCUGGCCCAGCCCUUAUCCCCCGGGCUCCGCUAGCCCUCUCCCAGGUGGUGGCGCAUCUCGUUCUCCGGCAAGGUUCACCCCGAAGCGGUUCUUCCGACGGCCCUUCCAUCCGCCAUCGCCAGCGAAGCACAUCAAAGCGGCCCUGGCCAAACGGCAGGGUGCCACGAAAAAAAAGAAUGGGGUCGUGCCCGGCGAAGGUGGGGGGGAUGCGGAGCAACCUCUUGAUAAGAGCUUCGGAUAUGGGAAGAACUUUGGGUCGAAGUAUGAGCUCGGGAAGGAGGUGGGACGCGGCCAUUUCGGGAAUACGUGUUUAGCCACGGUCAAGAAGGGGGAGAUGAAAGGCCAACGUGUUGCUGUCAAGAUCAUCCCCAAAGCUAAGAUGACAACACCAAUAUCGAUUGAAGAUGUUCGUAGGGAGGUUAAAAUUCUGAAAGCUUUGUCUGGACACAAAAAUCUUAUUAGAUUUUAUGAAGCAUGUGAGGAUGCCCUUAAUGUCUACAUCAUAAUGGAAUUAUGUGAAGGUGGAGAGUUAUUAGAAAGAAUCUUGUCCAAAGGAGGGAAAUAUGCAGAGAUAGAUGCAAAAGCAAUUGUUUCGCAAAUAUUGGGUGUGGUAGCCUUUUGUCACUUUCAAGGUGUUGUUCAUCGUGAUCUAAAGCCAGAGAAUUUUCUCUUCACAACUAACGAUGAAAGUUCUCCGAUGAAGUUAAUUGACUUCGGUCUUUCUGAUUUUGUUAAACCAGAUGAAAGACUAAAUGACAUUGUUGGAAGUGCAUACUAUGUUGCUCCUGAAGUCCUACAUAGAUCAUACAGCACUGAAGCAGAUAUGUGGAGCAUUGGUGUUAUAACCUACAUUCUACUAUGUGGAAGUAGACCUUUCUGGGCACGGACGGAAUCAGGAAUCUUUCGAUCAGUAUUGAGGGCUGAUCCUAAUUUUGACGAUACACCAUGGCCUGAUGUAUCUGCAGAAGCUAAGGAUUUUGUGAAAAGGCUGUUGAAUAAAGACUACAGGAAAAGAAUGACAGCUGCUCAGGCUUUGACUCACCCAUGGUUGCGAAAUGAUCAAAGGCAAAUUCCUUUGGAUAUGCUUAUUUAUAGGUUAACAAAAUCGUAUCUCCUCGCUACUCCUCUAAAACGGGCUGCACUGAAGGCACUGUCGAAAGCUAUAACUGAGGAUGAACUCUCCUAUCUGCAAUUGCAGUUUAAGUUACUACAGCCAAAUAAAGAUGGGCUGAUUUCCCUAGAAAACUUUCAAAUGGCACUCUCACAAAAUGCAACCGAAGCAAUGAAAUUAUCAAGAAUUCCUGAGAUUAUAAAUUCAUUGGAUGUGCUAUCGCAAAGAAGGAUGGACUUUGAUGAGUUUUGUGCUGCUGCAAUCAGCCCGUAUCAGCUGGAAGCUUUGGAACAAUGGGAACAAAUAUCAAACACAGCAUUUCAACACUUUGAGCAGGAGGGUAAUCAGAUUGUUUCGGUGGAAGAGCUAGCUCAGGAACUGAUCCUCACUCAUACUAAUCAUUCCUUUCUACAAGACUGGAUCAGACAAGAAGAUGGCAAGCUCAGCUUGUACGGGUACACCAAAUACUUGCAUGGCGUAACUGUUCGCAGCUCCAACACAAAACAAUAAUUAACUCUUCAAACAAUUAAUAUACUGAUGUAAUUAUGUGUUAGAAUGGUUCUGUCUACCUUCUCCAGAUCUCUGCUUCUAUUUAUUUAUUUAUUCUAAUGGCGAUUCUUUUGAUCUUGGCUUUCUAUAGAAUGGUGCUGGGGGGAGAUGUGUUUGCAGUGUGACUGAUAUUGGAACCACAUAUUAUUGUUGUUGAAUUCUAAAUUAAAGUAUUUGAAAUUGUUCCACCCCAUAAAUUGUG